AUGUCGCGCUAUGACGACUAUCGCUCGUCCACCGCGACCCUCGAGUCCCGAGACCGUUACGACCGUCGUUCCUCUCGAGGACCCCCAGUAGCUGACCGACCCCGCCAAGUCGAGGACGAGCGCUUCGAGUUCCGCCUGCGCGAGGAAGACCGAUAUGGCCCUCCUGCCCGUGCUCCAGGCCGACACUACGAGGAUGAGCACCUGUCUCAUACAUCUGGCCCCCUGGUGGCGCAUGACCGACGCCGUCGCCGCGACGAAAGUCCCUCGUUCACUCGGCCCCGUUUACUUAGGCGGCAGUCGUCCCUCGACACUUUUGAUCGCAUCCCCCGUCGUAAGAUGGAGUCUCUCGAAGCUCGCGAUCGUCCCCGAGGUAUGCCUCGUGUGCCUCAUCCGCCACCCCUGCCGCGGGGCUCGCCGGGUCGUUACCGCGAGCGCGAAGUAUAUGAGGAUAUUCGCAUCGCCGAGCCAGACUUGUACGGCGAUGAGGAGUAUCGUGAGUUCCGGGAGCGCACGAGUAUGGAUCACCGUCGACGCCGCUCUAGUAGUACUACGCGUUCUCGUCGUGAGGAGAAACCAUACCCGCGCAAAGGAAAGACUCGCAUUCCCCGUAAGUGGGUGCAUGUCCAUGCUAUCCUGGACUUGGGGUAUCCGUUCAAAGAGGAGGAUGAUGUCAUUGUCAUCCAGAAAGCACUAUCCAAAGACCAGAUCGACGAGGUCAUCAGCCUGAGCAAAGAGUUCCGCCGGCCCGCUGAGCACGUGGAAACUGAUUACCUGCGUGUUCCACGAUCCCCGGUUCGAUCCAUUCCUCGCGAGCGGGUUACUACGGAGCAUCUGUUCGUCGAUGCCCGCGCGCAUCGUCAUGAUACGUAUCUGGUUGAAGCAUCACCACGCCGCCGUUCAGAUUACGAAGAGAUUGAGUAUGAUGAGUAUGACGAGUACAUUCAAAGACCACGACAUGGGGUUAUUACUCGUCCUAGGUCAGUCUCUGUUCAUACGCAUGGCCGACACUCGUCGCCCCUGCGACUCGUUGAGCCCCGGGGCUACGCCGAGGAGCGUAUUGAAGCGCGGCCUCGUAACUCUGGCCAGCUAGUUUUGGUACGUCCACGGAGCAGCCAUCAUGAAGUUGAUGAUGAGGUUCGGAAACUGGAGGAGGAGGUUAGGCUGCUGCGGUUGGAGCGGCAGGGAGGAUUUGAAGUUACGCGGGAUCGCGAGACCGAUAUCAUUGACAGCAAGGGCAACGAGGCGGAGAUUCACGAAAUUAGACGAACUGAGCGCAAAGAACCGAGCUCUGGAGUGAUGCGGGCGAUGCUGGCCACCCUGACCUGA